AUGGUUACAAAAAUCAAGAAACGGAAUUGUCAAGCUGAUGAAGCUCCUUCCGGAUAUGGAUUUGAUCGCCUGCCUCAAGACGUUAUCCUAGACAUAGCUUCUAGGUUUCCCAUAACAUCUUUACUUCUAUUCACGUUUGUUCGGAAAUCGUUUUACAAGUUGUCUCAUGAUCCAGAACUAGUGAAUUUGCACCUGUCUCGUACAGUAAAGAACGAUCCUUGCAUUAUUUUGAAAGUGGAUAAUAAGCUUUACUUUCUUGAAUUUUCUGAUCAUGGUAUGGAAGAAGGGAUUGUGAGGAAAAUCAGCACCCCUCCAGACUAUAUAUCACUAUGGAAAGUGGUUGGUUCAUGUAAUGGACUAUUGUGCACAAGUGAUCAUAGUGAUUCACUUUAUGUGUACAAUCGUUUUACAACGAACUACAAACAGCUGCCUAGAUCAGUAAAACCUCAAGUGCGUCACAAAUUGGUUUUUGGGUUUGGUUUUCAUCCUAUUACCAAAGAAUACAAGUUUAUCAAGAUCAUACAUUAUGACCCCCGCAAAAUCGUAAAUCAGAUGUUGAAGUAUUUAGUCUUGGUAGCAACAAAUGGAGAAGUGUUGGGGAAGUUGUUUACCGCAUUGAUUCAAGUUAUCAAGGAAUUAUUUCUUGGAGGUUGUCUUGCUGUUGCUCUUCACUAUAAAGGGGCAGGAUUAGAAAUUUGGGUAAUGAGAGAUUACAAUGUGAAAGAGUCUUGGGUGAAGGAGUUCAAAAUUGGAGCUUACACACCAAAUCCAAAUUCUGUCACUCAACGUCGGCAGCUGUUGUUGAAAGUUCUAUGCCUGCUGAAUAAUGGAAAGCUCUUACCUGAGUGCAACGAUUUUCCAUAUUGCAGAGACCUUGGAUAUCUAGUUUCAUUUGAUCCCCAAAGCGGUGUCUUUACAAGACUAAAGUUUGAGCGGAUGCCUGUUUUAUUUGAGACAAUUGUUCAUGUGGGCUGCCUUAAUUGGAUUGAUUUUCCAUCAGCAGAUUUUUAUAAAAUCAGACCAUCAAUUGGUUGA